GCUAUUCCUGUGUGCGAACGGGCUGAGUAAUUGAGAGCCUCACUUUCCCUGGGCGUCUUCUCUUAAAGGCGCAGGCGGAGCCGCGGGCUAGCAAGCGAGAAUAAAACGUUGUAAUCUGCUGUUUUUGAUUGAGAGGGGAGCGAUAGGCAACAUAUUAGAGAAAUGUUUUAAAACGCCAUUUUGCAAUCUUAUUUUCCUUGGGAGUUCCCCCCUUUUGUAACGCUCCAAGAAGUGGUCCGGUUUUCUCCAUUGGAGAGAUCGUGACAAACCGCCGUUCGCUGUUCCUCCCUCCUGUCCCCCGGGCAGCGAGGAGCAUUCCUUCCAACUCUCCCGCGGACACGGGGCGGGGAAGGAGAAACUUUUGAAAGCUCUCAAUGGCCGCCAGGCUUUUGCGAGCGGUUGUCUUGGGACCCCCGGGCUCCGGCAAAGGAACGGUGUGCGAGAGGAUCGCCAAGAGCUUUGGCCUCCAGCAUCUUUCCAGCGGGCAGUUCUUAAGGGAGAAUAUCAAGGCGAACACUGAUAUUGGUGCGUUGGCAAGGCAAUAUCUAGAGAGGGGGCUUUUGGUGCCGGAUCAUGUAUUUACACGUGUCAUGAUGACAGAACUGGACAAAAUGCAGGCCCAGCCUUGGUUACUUGAUGGUUUUCCUAGGACCCUGGGUCAAGCUGAAGCACUUGACAGAAUAUGUGAACUAGAUCUAGUGAUAAGCUUGAACAUCCCCUUUGAGACGCUAAAAGACCGCUUAAGCGCUCGUUGGAUUCACCCAGCUAGUGGACGAGUAUAUAAUAUGGAAUUUAACCCACCUCAUGUGCACGGGAUAGAUGAUACUACUGGCGAGCCUUUAAUCCAGCGGGAAGAUGAUAAACCUGAGGCUGUUGCUGUCAGGCUAAGGAAAUACAAAGAUGCUGCAAAGCCUGUAAUGGAAUUGUACAAAAACAGAGGGAUCCUACAUUCAUUCUCCGGGACAGAGACCAACAAAAUCUGGCCUUAUGUAUAUUCUCUGGUGUCCAGCAAGAUUCCUCCAAUUCAGGCAGAAGAAGUAAAUUAACCAUCUCAUAACGUGGAACAACAGGGAACAUAGUUGACCAUUUAUUUUUAAGAAGUUUGUGCUGUGCUGUAUCUGUGCUCUGCUCUCUCCCUUCUUUUUCUUUAGGAAAAUGGCUGUUCUUCCUGGAGAAAUGACUGUGGAAGCAUAGCUAUAACUUUUUCCUCAAGAUAUGAUGUAUAUGGAAUCAGUACCCAGGCUAUUCAGUAUUGGUACAUCACUCCAUAUUAUCAUAGUUGGUUAUGCAGAGGCAGAUAUAUCUUAAGCAAGUAUAUAGAACCUGUUAGUUCAUUCCAGCUACCAGCAGUGGUUCUGCAUAUUAAAUUUGUCAUUCUGUGAAUGUUUGGAAACGGUUUUCUUUGAUCUGACACUCUGUGGCAAUUUAAAAUAACCAACCCCACUACUUUAAAUAUAGUUAUAAUGCAAUGAGCACUAUGGAAAAUAUAUGAAUUAUACAGGUUGAAUAAGUGUGUUUGAAUAUUAAUAAAUGGGGAAUUCAAAUCAUGGUGAGUUUAAAUAUGUUGGUUCUCAAAGACAACCACCACUAAAAAAGUAUCUGUUAAAAAAAUGCUGCUGUAGAAAGAGAACUAAUUUUCAACAUGAUAGUGUGACUUCAGGUUAUCCUGUAGGCCGGGGAUAGUUGUGGCCUAUUUUGGAUCUAAGAUAAGUUACACUACUUGAGAUUUUGGUUCUUUGUUGAUAGCUUUAAUAUUUUGCAAUGGAGUCUGAUUGGAUAUAAUUUGUCACUAAAGGCCAGUUUGGUUUCUAAUUUUUGGAAAUAGAAGUUGUUGCAACUGUCUUGGGGUAUUUUUUUAUGUGGGUAAAUGAAACAUAUGAACCAGAUAUUGAGGAUAUAAUUAGCAAAUACAUUCUGGUGAGAGCAGAAGGUUGGAUAAAUAUGAUUGUGGAUUCUGUGGUAGAUUAUAGCCAUGAUCUUCUAAUUUACAUGCUGGUCCAUGAUGCGGUGAGUCAGUUUUGCUCACUGAAGUAUUGCGUGUGUUGGACCAAAAGCCUUAAUUUAGUUGGUAAUUUGAUGUGUUACCACCUUGUGGAAUGUAUCUUAUUUUAUUGCCUCAUUAAUUAGGCCCUUUCUGUCCUCUUUGACUAGGGGUUAUUAUAUGGCACAGUUUCCCCUGAAUUAAAGAGAUUACAUCAUCAGUCUUCUUCCAUAUAGGAACUGGGUAUGGAAAGAAAAGAGGCCAUUUGAAUCUGAUCCUACAGUUCCAGCGUACAUUCCAUUUUCCUUUCUUCACACAUUUUCUUUUGUAUUUAUCCAGAUCAGGUUGACACAGAGGCUAAACAAGAACUUCUGUGUAUAAAAACAAAACCAUCUAUUGCACAUGUAUUCCUUGAGAGUUGAUUCAGUUUAUUCUUAAAGUGUUAUUUUUGAGGUUACAUUCUGUUAAGCAUGCAGUUAAUUUGGGCAUAUUGGCCAGAUUCUUGCUAGAUCAGUAUAGGUCAACUCCAAAACCAUUUCUGUUUUCUGAGCCACAAGAAUAAUUGUAUGUUUCAUAAGAUUUGAGGGAAUUUUCUGUGCAGAAUGUGCCAGUCAUGUAGGUAUGAACCAUGCCUAUUGACUUUGGUGUUCUCCUAUGCAAAUGGAGAUCAACCUAGAAUAAGCACAACUUGCUCUAGUAUUGAGAAUUGCAGGGGAAGAUUGGUAGAAAUGGGUAAGCUGUCUUCCAGGAUGCUCCUCUCUGGGCUGGUGUAGAUGAUAUUUUCUUAAAUUCUAAGUUCUGAUGUGAUGUCUUGAAUGAGUUGAUCACUGCAGCAUUAAAUGACAGUUGAUCACUGCAAUAUCAGUCUCCACUGUGUGGUAUAAAAGAUUUCUUUAAAACGUUUCCCUGGAGCUUCAGAGGUUUUGUGACUUUUAAGUCACUGCAACAUUCCUAAAGGAUGUUGUAGUAGUUGAUUCUUUCAAAUGAGAGCUAUAGAACAUUGAUGGCUACAUAGUCUACAUUUUCUAAGAUAGUUUGUAAUCAGAACUCUAUGCUACAAGAUAGUGCUAAUAUUCAGAAUGCUGUUGACUGAAAAUAGGCACUUGAAAUCAUUGUGGAAUGGUUGAAGUUGAUUCCUGAAAUGGUAAGCUACCAAACAGAAUGCUGAAUGAACAUGGUUACAUGAAAAUGGGAAUCUCUUUAUGAUGGUAUCAUCUAGGCCACCCCCUUACCUGGAACCCACGAUAAGCUUCCAAAGAAUCCUGGAUUUCCUAGAAUGCAAGUUGAAAGCACCAAUUCUAGGGUAACAAACCCAAGUCAAGCAGAUUUCAGAUGUACAAAGGAACUUCUCCCCUCCUACAUAUGAAUUCCUUCCCGUGUAAUUUCCCUUCCAAUUCUUCCCAUAUUGAUUUUCCUCUAGUAACAUUCUGUAAUAAAUAAAUGUUUGUAGUUUGUUAAAAAUGCAAAACUAGUUUAAUUUUUAAAUGGUGAAGCAAAGAGUAGCUCAUGCUUUUUAAAAAAAGGUUGUGAAAUCUAUUUUAAAUGUUCUCUAUUUUCUGAUAGGCAGAGUUAGUAUUGAUACCUUUCCUGAACUGGAAAUUAAUAUUGCAGCUGUGAUUUUGGGUUUUUAAUAUUUAGGUAGAGCUGUGACUUGUCUGUCUCAAUCUAAGUGGCCUCAUGUUGCCUUAUUUUAUACAUUGGAGAAGGGGAGGGAGAAUAUUUUUUGGGGGGGUCAUGAAUUUUAUGGAAUAGAUGUUUUUUUCUUUGAAACCAUGCUGCUUUGAUGACACAAUUAUUCUGAUUAAUCUUUUUAAAAUUACCAGUGUCAUUGUUCAAAAGAAUUUUACUACCCUAUUGCUGCACAAAAAAGUUACAAGGUGACUUACAGCACAUUCCUGAGGGCGGGGGCUGAAGACGCUGACUAGGAGUUAUGCCAGUGUAUCCCACAUGUAUGCUGGCAUAACCCCCCUACGGCAGCAUAGUGGCACAGUGCGGCUCCGCCCAAGGCCGCCAGCGGUGUUGGGCCAUAGCGGUUGGACACAGGCAUAACUCGGUUGUAAGCCCUUGCAUAGGAGUAAUGGGAUGCGAGUUAGUUGGAUCCCUAAACCGUUUCAGGCACAAGAAUGCCACCAGCAGUAGCAGAAAGUUAUGCCACAAAAAAAUGAUGGCAUAGCCCAUAGGUGCCCAUUGUGUAGGAAAAGUCAAUCAGGUCCUGUGCCCAGCCCUGCCGAAGCAGCCCAGUGGAGCGUGGGAUACCAACUACUACAGAGGUCAAUCCACUCAAUGCCUCCAUGAUGGCUGAGCCUCCUCCCCUGCUCCCAGUCAGCUCCUUGGGCACCCUACAUAACCUCCAGCCAGGGCGCCAUGACCUCAGGUAAGUGGGGAGGCAGCUGGAGGCUCUUCCCAAGAGCCCACUGCCAUGGGAACUUAGAAUGAGAGGGGAGAGAGGAUGCUCAUGGUGGUGAGGCCAAGAGUGCACAGGGAGAACUUGGCAAAAUUUGGGGUGCACCUCGCAGUCACAGUUAGGAAGGGAGCCACAUUCAGACUUCUCCUGCUAUCUCCGGGGGGACUUUUGAGUCACAGCGAGUGGCCCUUCCAUCUUGGUGCAGGGAUGCUGGCCAGCAGCUAUAGGGGGUCCCAGAGUGGCUGUGGCAGCUGCCAGAGUAGGGUUCUUGUAAGCACCUUCCUGAGCAGAGCAUGACCUGAGAGCAGUUCUCAGAAGGAUGCCCUGCUCAGCUGCAUAGAAAGAUUCUUUGCAGUGGCAGAUGGUCAGGCAGAGAGUAGACCACCCCUCACCCACAUGUGUGGGGCUGGGCAGGGAAGGCCAGCCUUGUCCAGCAAGCCAUGCAACUCUGGUGCAGAAUGGUAUCUCAGGACUGCAGGUGCUAUGGCUGGGGUACAGCCCCCCGCACAGUGAGAGACAAGCUACCUGGGCUACAUGGGACUGCUAGGUGACCCGGCAGAGCCUGGGGGCUGCAAGCUCAUGACCUGCUUGGACAGUUGUGGGGGGCCCCACUCCAGAACCAGGGCCUCCCUAAAUGGACAGCUUUCCUCCACCUGUGCACCUCCAUGCAUGUGCCGUGACCAUGGGGGCAUGUGGUCCCUAGCUGCCUGCUCUCUGCUGGGGGGGGGGAGAAGGAGGUAUCAGUGGACUGCUGAAUUAUGGUCCCUGCAUUGGGUGCGCCUUUGCUUGCUGCCUACCUAUCAUGGAAGCAGUGCAGCCACUGGGAUGCCAGUGGAGUUGUCAGGGGAAAAGUGGAGCAUGUGCUCCUGGCUGUGGCCUUGCUAGGCUCAGCUGCUAGCAUAAUUCUCCCGCAAAAGUCCUUAGGGAGCUAACGAGAGGCGCCACAGGUAUCUGGGUACUGGUGGUACAGCAAGUCUCAGGAUUGCCCUGUUUGCCUGGCUAAGUUGUUAAUAGAAGGAAAAAAUAAGGCCAUGUCAAUUGCAGAGAUUGAAAAAGCAGGCAAAAAAGCCGAUUAUGCAAGUCAGAAAAAAUACUUGUUUAUUCUAAUUAAAAUUCCCUGAGUGUUUUGCAAGGAAGUCUUUUUAAGGGCAAUCUCAUUUGUCUUUCAGUAUUUCGCUAUUGUGCUUGCAUUCUUAUUGUAAGAUUAUCAAAAAAAAAAAAGAGAGAGAGAGAUUCCCCUGAAGGAAGCCUUCUUGGCAAACCAUGCAGGGAAUUUUAAUCAGAAUAAAUGAUCAUUCAUUGCCCAUCUUCUGUGCAGUCCCACAUCGGACUGCACAUGUGCAGGCCUGCCGAUUGGUGAGAUUUUUAAAGCUUAAAGUCUGCUAGGGGGUGCAUGCCUCUUCUGUGCACGUGUGGCUUUUCCCACCGAACAUACCAUUGGGAGACAGCGCCCCUUCACCCUCAGUUCCUUCUUCACCACCAAUUGAGAAGGUUCUUGCUUUUUCCACUUGUAUCUAAGAGAGAGAAGAGAAGGAAGAAAACUGAGAAAGCUUGUAAUAUGGCAGAAAAGGUGUUAUUUAAGAGAUGCACCACAUGUGCUACUAAGAUGAUGGAAAUGAACGGGCAUUCCAUUUGUCUAGAGUGUCUGGGAGAAGGGCAUAAUGUUCAGGCCUGUGAACAUUGCAGCAAGUUUACCCCCAAGGCCAGGGCUGAAAGGGCCACCAGGCUAAAAGCUCUUUUGUGAGAGAGAGUGAUGAAAACCAUACACUCGUCCCAUAGAAAGUUCUUACACUUUGUCUGCAAUGGUAAAAUAUUCCAGUACCAGGUUUUACCUUUUGGUCUUUCCACAGCCUUCAGAUCUUUACAAAGUGCUUGGUCAUAGUGGUAGUAUAUUUGAGAAAACGGAUGUUCUGUCUAUCCAUAGCUUGACGAUUGGCUGAUACCCGCCUCAUUGAGUGAACUACGGCAGAGGCACGUAGGAAUGAUGAUUGACACCUGUAUCUGAUUAGGUCUUAGUAAACUUGAAGAAAUCAGUACACGUACCUUCUCAAAGAGCUCAAUUUAUUAGAGCAAUUUUGGAUAGCAUUAAGAAUAGAGACUUUUGACCUCAGGAGGUGGAUAGAAUUAAAAGACUGGUGGGACAGCUUAACCGUUGUAGAUUUCAAUCGGCUUUGACUAUACAAACCCUACUGGGGCUUAUGGCAGCCACCAUGUCAGUCACACCAUUGGCAAGGUUACACAUGUAUAAACUAUAACUGGUUCUUUUAUGUUCAUGACUUAAGAGUCACAAGAAUAGAACAGAAAGUAUUCAUAUCUAGAUCAGUGAUUAGGUCCUUGGAGUGGUGGUGAUGACAGAAAUCUAUUAGAAGGGAUAGAAUUUGGCUUUGCACAAAUAAAUGUUAUGUCCACUGAUGCCUCCACAUUAGGUUGGGGGGCCCGUUGUGGUUCACUCAGCACACACAGGACAUGGCUGAGGCAUGAGAGAAUGUUACACAUUAAUGUCCUGGAACUAAGAACCAUUCGUUAGCCCUUAUCACAUUCGCAGAUACCAUAAAACAGAAGAGAGCCCAGGUGUUGACAGACAACUGUAAGGCUAUGUUCUAUUUGAACAAACUGGGGGCACCACUUCCAGAAUAUUGUGCAAAGAAGCGAUCCCCAUCUGGGAGUGGGUGGUGGAAAAAGGCGCUUUCAUACAAGCUGUACACAUACCAGGCACUACAAAUGUAGUAGCAGACAAAUUGAGCAGACUCAAUACAGAAAAUCACAAAUGGUCCCCUUACAACUACUUACCUAGAACGGGUUUUCAGACAGUGGGGUUUUCCCAAUAUAGACCUGUUUGCAAAGGAGGGAAACCAGAAAGCUCUGAGAUUUUCUUGGGAAUAGGUCACAACUCAUUAGGAGAUGCCUUCCAACUAACUUGGAAGGGACAUCUUUUUUUAUGCCUUUCAUCCCAUCCCUUUGAUUGCCAGAUCAGUCAGCAAGAUUCAGGACAGACCAUACAUAAUCUUGAUAACUCCUUACUGUCCCAGACAGCCCUGGUUCCAACAUGUGAUGCACCUAUCCAAGGGCUCACUGUAUCGGUUUGGGUCAGAACCAGAUCUGCUGACCAACAGAAGGGUAUGGUAUCAAGACCUAUUCAGACUGAAACUAACAGCACGGCACAUAACAGAACAGGGAACCUGCCUGUGAGAGUGACAGACUUUGUGUUUAAUGCUAGAAGGGAAAACACUAGGAAAUCCUAUGCAUUCAAAUGGGAACGUUUUAAUAUGUGAGCCAAACAUAAAGGAUUAGACUUCUUUGACUGCCAGUUGUCAGACCUAUUAGAAUUUCUACCGUCACUUAAAGAUGGUCUUUCCAAUUAAUCUAUUAAGGUAUACCUCACUGUCAUCUCAACCUUCCAUCGUAGAAUUGAGGGGGAAACUGUGUUUUCUUACAACGUAUCUAAAUCAUUCCUUAGAGGACUACAGAACUUAUUCCCACCUGUUAAAGAAAUUGUACCUCAGUGGUCACUGCAAUUAGUACUAGCCAAAUUGAUACGACCACCCUUUGAACCUCUAGCUAGCUGUGAUUUGAAGUUUUUGUCUCUUAAAAGUUUCAUUUCUAGUCCAGCGGAUGGAUGAGUGAAUUGGCUGCUCUGUGAUGUGAUUCUCCUUAAGGUAUAGCAAGGGAAGGUCAUAAUUGAAAUCUGAUCUCAAAUUUAGACCCAAAGUUGCAAGCCAAUUCCAUUUGUCCCAAGAUGCCAUACUUCCAGUGUUUUUCCUACACUCUACGAAUUCAGAGAAGGCCUUACAUUUGCUAGACGUCCGCAGAGCUAUAUAGUUCUAUCUGCAUCAUACAUCAGCGUUUAGAAAGGACAAACAACUGUUUUUCUUUUAUGCUGAUCCUAGGAAAGGGAAAAGGACUACAGCACAAUCAAUAGUGAGUUGUGCGAUACUAACAAUUAAGACUUGUUACGCAACAGUCAACUAUGUCCUUUAGAGGUGAAGGCACAUUCCACAAGGUCCCAGGCUUCCGCUGCCUUCAUGAGAGCGGUCCCUCUACAGGACAUCUGCAACGCAGCUACAUGGUCUUCAUUGGAUACAUUUGUGAAGCACUAUGCACCUGGAUGUGAUGUGAUGGAGAGAAAAGAAUCAGCAGUUGGACAGGCUGUACUCCAUUCAGUCUUUCAAUGAAGAAUACACCCACCAGGGUAAGAAGCUUAUGAAUCUCCUGUGUGGGACUGCACAGAAGAUGGACAAUGAAAAUAGAGAUGCAUUUUCCAUAACUGUUGUUCAUUGCUGUCUUCUGUGCAGGCACACACACCCUUCCUCCUGCCCUGCUGUGCUUUUUCAAUACUUUGGAGAGUCAGUGGCUCAGGAGAAACGGGGUGAAGGGGCACCAACUCCUGGUGGUAUGUUCAGCGGGAAAAGCUACAUACGCACACCAGAGAGACGUGUGUCUCCUAGUGGACUUUAAGCUUUAAAAACCUCACUGAUUGGCAGGCCUGCACAUGCACAGUCCUACAUGUGCCUGCAGAGAAGAUGUCAAUGAACAACAGUUACAAUAAGUGCAACUGUUUUUUCUCUACUUGCACCAUUAGCUUUUUUGCCUACUUUUAAAAAGUUAAUAGGCCACAACUCCUAGCACAGCUAUAUAAUUUGUAUAUAAGAUGGCUAAGUCCUUAUGCAGUUUGCCUAAACCUUGUGUAUAUGUAGUUGCGCAUUAGUAAGUCCCUGUCCUGUUUAUGCCUUGAUCCUGUGGAGCUGUAGGCCCUGAUCUAGAAUUCAGCAGGGCUCUUGUUCUUGGGUGGAGUAUUCCCAGCACUGAAUAAAUGGAACGCCCUGCUUGUACAGCCCUUCAUGUUUGCAUCGCAGGACACCAGAUCCAUUAGAUAUGAGUGUGUCAGAAUUAUUUGUUGUUAGAUUUUCUCCCAAGGAGCUCAGGGCAGCAUGCACGGUCCUUCCAACAAUGCUGUGAGAGAGGUUAAACUGAGGGAUUGUGAUUGGCCUAACAAAGUAUCUAACGUGGUGAUUUAAGCCUAGCCUUCAGCUCUAACCAGUGUAUAUAACUGACUCCUACUUGUAAACACUUAGCUAAAAGGCAUCUUGUUAAUAUUUCUACUGUUGAACACAACUUUGCUGCUAUUCUGUACUAUAUAUUUUCAUAUUUCACGUUUGCAUUUGAUUCUGAUGCACAUAGCUGUAUUAUUCUUUUUUAGCCUGCUUUUUAACCUUAUGGCUAUGAGAUAGAAUACAAAUUAAAUUAUAAAAAAUUAAUGCAAACUCUAAAAAGAGUUUAAAAUGUUAUAUUUGAUACUAAUACCUGCCUUCUGAUAUGGAACUUAACUGUAUGUGAUGGUUGCCAAAUUGUAAGCUAUUCAGUGUGCCUCUCAGCUGUAUUAUUACUGAAUCUUUUCUUGAUUUAAGCUUUCUAGUUUGAGAAGGCCUCCAGUAUUCAGUAUAUAGGUUGACAGAACCCUAUCUGCAGCAGAUCUGAGAGCCAAGCUACAAGUGACGCCUGACACAGGUUGGACACUUGUCAGUUUCCCUCAAGUUUUGGUGGGAAAUGUAGGCAUCCUGGUUUUACAGCUUGGCUCUCCAUUAC